GAGAGCAAAAAAAAAAAAACAUGGAUACGGAAAUAAUCAUACAAGGAGCAAUUUUGGCACUAACCUUCGUUACGUUCUGGGCGAUUAAGUAUCUGUCUCAACAAGGCAUAACCAAGUUCCGAACCAAACACCGAGCCACACUCCAAACCCAGCGUCAGCUAAUCCAAGCCUCUCGUCUCCUCGCUCGGGCUCGAACCACAAACAAGAAAUCCCAAUCUCAGUCUCUCGCUAAGACGGCACUCACCGAAGCCGACGAUGUGAUCUCGCUUUCCCCAUACGACGCCGCCGGUUACAUCGUCCGUGCCCUAGCUCUAGAUCUGCUCGGUCACCACGCCGCCGCUCUCAAAUCUUUCGAUACGGCGCUGACUUAUCCUCAACUGAAGUCGCUUUCGGUGGGAGAACGCGCCGAUGCGCUUGUGAAGAGAGCUGAGAUGAAGCUGGCUGUGAAUCGGCGGCGGAGGAAUGAUUCUGCGAUCGAAGAUCUGGAAGAGGCGAUUAGGCUCGCCGCCGGCACAGAUACGGCGAGAAUAUUCCGUCUGUUGGGCGAGUGUUAUGAGUACAAGGGCUUCAAAGAGAAGGCCCAGUGGGCUUUUAACGAAGCCUUAAAAGCCCAACAGAGUCCUGAUGCAUGAGAGAAGGACCGGGCUAGUUCGUAGUAUUUUUUUCCUCUUGCAACUUCUUGUAAUUUCACUUUGUAGCAUGAUAUUUUUGAUUCUUUCCAAUUCAUGGCUAUUGAAUAGGAAACUCAAUCGGUGACCCAUAAUGAUUUAUAUACA